ACACAACGGACGAAUUGAUACCGCAAGAACCCAUCAAGAUGACCAUGUUCUUCUGCGCACCUUCCUCGUACGCGAACGCGACAUCAACAUGAGAAUCAUCUUUGCAGACUCAGCUGACCUACGGGCCGCACGCCGUGUCCCGACCCAUGACUAGAGCUGGCAGUUGAUAUAAGAGGAGGGCGGAAAACCGCCAGCUGUGCAUCAUGCAGCUUGUACGCGCCCUUGCGGCGCUGUCAGUGGCCGCACUUAGCGUCGCGCAAUCGUUCAACAACAACAGCGCGCAGUAUGUUCAACCGAUCGGAUCGCCUGGAUUCUAUCACGGUCUGUCCAACUCUUCGGUGACCUUUGAUCAGCACUCCAUCCUCCUGGAUGGCAAGCGCCUCGUCGUCUUUUCUGGCGAGUUUCAUCCAUUCCGGCUACCUGCUCCCGAGCUGUGGUAUGACAUUCUCGAAAAAUUCAAGGCGUCUGGUUUCAACGCCGUUUCCGUGUAUUGGCACUGGGGACUCUCCGCGCCAAACGCGGCCGAAGUUCGGUUCACACAGCACAACGACCUCGCCGCGUUCUUCACCGCAGCGCAGGAGGUUGGGCUUCUGGUCGUCGUCCGUCCCGGACCCUACGUCAAUGCCGAGACCGCGGCAGGAGGCAUCCCCGGCUGGACGACCAACAUCCCCGCGCUCGCUCGCACGAACGCGACGGGCUACCGCACCGCCUGGCUCCCGUACAUCUCCGCGUUUGCGCAAGCGACCGCGCCGUUCCAGUACCCGCACGGGCCCGUCAUCGCCAUCCAGAGCGAGAACGAAUUCGAGACGAGCGCGACCGCGCACAUCACCGGACUAAGCGAGCACAUGCAGGACAUCGAGAACGUGUUGAGGGCGAAUGGCAUGAAUAAGGUGCCCAUUAUACACAACGAUCGGGGCCCCAAUGGUCAGUAUGCGAAAGCAGGACUGGGGAAGGUCGAUUUAUACGGCUGGGACGGGUAUCCUCUGGGCUUUGACUGCAACAGCCCCAGUGUCUGGACGGAGCUUUCUACUCAAAGCGACAACUCCCACCAAUCGCUCAACCCCGCGGAGCCGCUCGCUCUAUUCGAAUGGCAGGGCGGUGCGUUCGACUAUUGGUCCGGGCCCGGCUACGAAAAAUGCUCGCUUCUCGUCAAUGAGCAAUUCGCCAAUGUGUAUUACAAGAACAACUAUGCGGCCGGUGCUGCACUGCAGAAUCUCUAUAUGACCUACGGAGGAACCAAUUGGGGAAACAUGCACUGCACCACAAUCUACUCCAGCUACGAUUACGGUGGCGCAAUCGCAGAAGAUCGGACCUCUCGUCCAAAACUGGCCGAGCUCAAGCUGCAGUCGUAUUUCCUCCACGCAUCGCCCGACUACCUGCUCGUCGGCCGCGUCGGCGCUGGCACGACCUUCUCGACCUCACCCGAUAUCUACACGACCAAUCUGCGAUCACCGUCCUCGAACGUGAAUUUCUACGUCGUGCGCCAGCUGACGAACACGAAGGUCACCGACACGCAUUUCACGUUGAGCGUCAACACGACCGCGCUGGGGCUCAUCACGAUUCCCACGGCGGGGAAUUUGACGCUGGCGGGUCGUGAGACGAAGAUCGUCGUCACGAAUUAUCCGUUUGGCCAAGGAAUGCUGGUGUUUUCCACUGCUGAAGUUAUGACCUGGGCGACCUUUGACGGAGUGGACACGAUCGUGCUUUACGCUUUGGCGGGCCAAUACGUUGAAAUCUCAGUUUUAAACCCUAAGCAUCAGACCAUCAGGACUUCGGGAUCCAGCACCAUCUCCGCCAAGGGGGGCAAAGGGCUCGUCACGAUCUCUGGAACCCCGUCGGGUCUCACGUUCGUCACCUUCGGCACGAACAAACUCAUCGUGGGAGACAAGCAAACUGUCUCCGCGUUCUGGGCCCCGCGUCUCACCAUCACGAGCUCUGCACAGUACGAUCUGACACCAGAAACGCCGUCCGUCCUCGUCUCCGGGCCGUACCUCGUCCGAUCGGCCACGGCCGCAGGCGCCGUCCUCGCGCUGACGGGUGAUCUGAACGCGACGACGCAGCUGAACGUGUGGGCCCCGCAAAAGUUCACGUCGAUCACUUGGAACGGGAGUCCCGUCCCCACGACAUCGGGGAUCGGCAGCAGUCUGCAGGCGACGCUGGGCUUCCCGCAAUCGCUCCCGGCCGCCCAGAUCCCCGUGCUGCAAGAUCUCGCGUGGAGCUGCGCGGAUUCUUUGCCUGAACUGCAGCCGGGGUUCGAUGACAGCCAGUGGGUCGUUGCAAACAAGACGAGCACGCAGAGGCCGCUCAAGCCUACUGCAGGCAAGUAUGUGCUGUAUGCUGGGGAGUACGGCUUCCAUGCCGGCCAGUGGGUAUGGCGCGGACACUUUAAUGGUAAUGCGACCGGUGUGCAACUUUCGAUCCAAGGCGGAUUCUCGUUCGGCUACUCGGUCUUCCUCAACUCGCAUUUCCUCGGAUCCGGCCAGGGAAGCUCGAUCGACCAGCGCGGCGUCGAUUUGCUGUCUCCGACGUUCAAUUUCACAGCAGGGAUGCUGAUUCCAGCAGGAAAUGUGUUAACGGUGAUACAUGACUCGACUGGUUUGAAUGAAGAUUACAACGUCAAUGAUGAACACAAAACUCCACGUGGAAUCCGGGGCUACACGCUGCUAUCCACGACCGGAAACGACUUCACGCAGUGGAAAGUGGCUGGAAAUAUCGGCGGCGAAAACGCGCCUGACUACGUUCGCGGGCCGUACAACGAGGGCGGGUGGUGGUUUGAGCGCGUCGGCGCGCACCUGCCCGGAUACAACGCCUCCUCGUGGCAGUCCUGCACGCCGUACCAAGGCCGCACGACGGCAGGCGUCACAGCGUAUCGCACAACGUUCACGCUGGAUCUGCCCGCGGGCUCGGACAUCCCGCUGGCGUUCGAUCUGGCUCUCGAUUCGGCCGCUCCGUAUCGGAGCAUGAUCUAUGUGAACGGGUGGCAAUUUGGACGCUUCGCGUCGUCGCUGGGCCCGCAAGUAAGUUAUCCCGUGCCCGAGGGCAUUCUGAACCACCACGGCCCGAACGAGAUUUUGAUAACCCUCUGGGCUCUCAAUGCUUCCGGCGCAAAAAUGUCUACCUUGUCGCUGAAUAAGCGCGCGAGCAUCGCCUCGAGCAAGAGGGCUUCGGUCACUGUCGUCCCUGCCCCGGGCUGGGCAGAGUUGAGGGGCUGAAUGAUCUCGAACGCCGAGACUGCGGCGCGGGCACGGACAGGAUCUGCCGCGGCGGGUGCAUGGCCGCCACCUGUUUGUCGAGGUCGUUAGUUUAAGCGCUGAUUCUGCACAAUCUACCGAGGGAAUGAAAGCAAGGCUAAUCGUGACACCUGCCAAUGUUGACCGGAGAUGAUCGAAAACGAAGAGAACCACUUUUAGCGCCUGCUCGGGAACUGCAGUCUCGAGCAUGGGAGACAGGAACGAUA